AUGGGGCUUCUCACUCUGGUCGAGGACCGACCUACCCCCAAAUCCGUCUACAACUGGCGAGUGUACCUGCUCGCGGUUAUCGCAUCAUGUGGUUCGAACAUGAUCGGUUACACCAGCGCCUUCAUUGGCACGACCAUCACCCUGGACUCUUUCCAGGAGGAGUUUGGCUUGGACAAGAUGUCCAGCCAGCAUGUGGACCUGAUCAGUGAGAACAUUGUCUCACUGUUCAUUGCAGGUGCCUUCUUCGGGGCCCUUUUGACCUACUUUGUCAGCCACUUUCUGGGACGCAAAUGGAGUCUGGUAGUUGCUUCUGCCAUUUUCACCCUUGGUGCUGGUCUGCAGCUGGGCGCCAAUGGAUCUCGAGGGCUCGGGAUCUUGUACGCCGGACGAGUCUUGUCCGGGCUGGGGACGGGGGUUGCCUCCAACGUCAUCCCGAUCUAUCUGUCUGAAUUGGCGCCUCCAGCCAUUCGCGGAAGAUUGGUCGGUCUGUAUGAGCUUGGCUGGCAGGUCGGCGGUUUGGUUGGGUUCUGGAUCAACUACGGUGUCGAACAACACAUGCCCUCUGAUCACGAACAAUGGAUCAUCCCCUUUGCCAUCCAGCUGAUUCCGUCCGGCCUGCUCUUCGUCGGUGCCCUGUGGAUGAAGGAAUCCCCUCGCUGGCUCUUCCUCAAGGGUCACCGGAAAAUAGCCAUGAAGAAUCUCUGUUGGAUCCGUCAGUUGGACCCCUCUGACAUCUAUAUCACCGAGGAGGUCGCUGCCAUCGACCAGGCUCACGAGGAGCAGGCUGCCAAGGUGGGACUGGGCUUGUGGAGACCAUUCCAAGCCGUCGCAGGCCAGCCCAACGUCUUGUGGCGUCUGUUCCUGGGCUGUAUGCUGUUCUUCUGGCAGAACGGAAGCGGCAUCAACGCAAUCAACUAUUAUUCCCCCACCAUCUUCAAGAGCAUCGGGGUUUCUGAUGCCACAGUUGGAUUAACCACCGGGAUCUUCGGGGUGGUCAAGACCUUCAUGACUUUUGUCUGGCUGCUAUUUUUGGUCGACCAGCUCGGCAGACGGAAGCUGCUGUUGAUAGGCGCGGUCACUGGCUCUCUGUGCAUGUGGAUCAUUGGGGCAUACAUCUGUGCUGUUCGUCCUGAGGACCAUCCCAGCGAUCACCUCAACAGCGGAGGCAUCGCAGCCAUCUUCUUCUUCUACAUGUGGACGGCGGUUUAUACACCUACAUGGAAUGGAACACCAUGGGUCAUCAACUCGGAAUUCUUCGACCCCAACAUCCGUUCACUGGCCCAGGCCGCGACAACCGCCAGCAACUGGCUGUUCAACUUCCUCGUCUCUCGAUUCACAGAGCAGAUGUUCGACAAGAUGCACUACGGCGUGUACUUUUUCUUUGCCGCCUUGUCCUUUCUAGCCUUCUUCUUUGCCUUCUUUCUCAUUCCCGAGACCAGCGGUAUUCCCCUGGAGAAGGUCGACAGGCUCUUUGAGCUCAAGCCAGUAUGGAAGGCGAAUGAGACUCUCAAGGCGCAGCUCAAGGAGGAUGAGGAGCAGUUCCGGUACGAUAUCAAGCAAGGGCUGUACGAUCAAGACAAACAGGGAGAAGAACACGUGGAGAACAGCAGUGCCUAA